AUGGGUCCUCACAAACCUCCCGCUCUUCCUCCUCGCUCUGCCAUCGCCAUGGAGACGCUAGCCAGAGACCUGGCCUGUGGCGGGACUCUGGAUCAUGACUCUGCAGCUCUCUCCGUCUCCAGAGCGACCACCAACAACAAGGUGAAGGAGACGGUUGCUCUGGAGCUCAGCUUCGUCAACUCCAACCUGCAGCUGCUGAAGGAGGAGCUGGAGGAGCUGAACAGCAACAUGGAGGUGUACCAGACAGACAGUGAGGCCAUCAACGUCCCCAUGAUCCCUCUGGGCCUGAAGGAAACCAAAGAGGUGGACUUCACAGUCCCCAUCCAGGACUUCAUCUGUGAGCACUAUGGAGACGACAGCUCUCUGUACCAGCAGGAGAUCAGAGAGCUGAUGGAGCUCCGACAGGCCAUGCGGACCCCCAGCAGGACCCAGUCUGGUCUGGAGCUCCUGAUGGAGUACUAUAACCAGCUGUUCUAUCUGGACCAGAGGUUCUUCCCUCUGCACCGGACCCUGGGGGUCCACUUCCACUGGUACGACUCUCUGACCGGCGUCCCGUCCUGUCAGCGGACGCUGGCCUUUGAAAAAGGAAGUGUGUUGUUCAACAUCGGCGCUCUGUACACUCAGAUCGGAGCGAGGCAGGACCGCUCUGCUGCCGCCGGCAUCGACCGAGCCAUAGACGCCUUCCAGAGAGCUGCAGGUGCAUUUAAUUAUCUGAAGGAGAACUUCUCCAACGCUCCCAGUCUGGACAUGAGCGGCCCGUCUCUGUGCAUGCUGGUGCGUCUGAUGGUGGCCCAGGUUCAGGAGUGUGUCUUUGAACGCCUCACGCUCACCACGCAGGACACACACUUCACCUCCCAGCUGCGCCUGGCGCAGGAGGCUGCCAGGGUGUCAGACGUCUACCUGCUGGUGCAGCAGACCGUCAGCCAGCCUCUGAUGAAGGACUACGUGCCGUUCUCCUGGGCCUCCAUGGUUCAGGUCAAAGCUGAACACUUCAGGGCUCUGUCACACUACCACGCUGCUGUGGCCCUCUGUGACCACAUGACGUCUGCUGAGGAGGAGGAGGGUGAGGAGGAAGAGGAGAAAGCUUUCCUCCAGUUCUACGUGAACGUUCCUGCAGGAGCCUCACUGAGCCACGUUCUCCAGGACGCUGAGAAGAGGAGGAAGCUGGGUAAAGCCCACCUGAGGCGUGCUGUGAUCCGAUUGGAGGAGGCCCUGCGUGUCCACGGUCUGUGUAAGGUCCUGAGGAAGAUGGACAUCCUGCAGGACGUCCUGUCCCUGACUCACAAACGCUCCCUGGACAAAUACUCUGAGCUGGACCGGGAGGACGACUUCGACGACCCGGCCGAGGCUCCAGAGAUCCAGGCUCAAACUCACCACAAACCAGAAAUCACCCCCACCAACUUCUCCACAGUCCAGGUGACGGACAUCUUCCACAGACUGGGGCCCCUGUCUGUGUUCUGUGCCAGAGCUCGCUGGGGCCCGGUGAGGGUCGUCCUCCUGCAGAGCGGAGAGGGAGGUCUGGGCCUCACGCUGAGGGGGGACAGCCCAGUCCUGGUGGCCGGAGUGGUACCUGGAGGCUGUGCAGCGGAGGCGGGGCUUAGGGAGGGGGACUACAUCGUGGCGGUGGACGGUCUGGACUGUAAGUGGUCCAAACACGGAGAGGUGGUCGACCUGCUGAGGAGAGACGGAGGGGCGGAGCUUAGCGUGGUCACUCUGCACUCACACGACACACAGGUGGAGAGGCGGAGCCUCAUGGUUUCCCACGGCGACAAGGAGAACACACGGCAGCGUCUGGUGGGCGGAGCUAAAGGCCAGAGCUCCGCCUCCCUGCUGAACUGGAACAGGAAGAAGAAAAGGGAAGGAGGCGGAGCCACCAAGAGACGAGGGGGGGCCACCUUCAGUCUGUCCUUUGGGACCAUCAGAGACCCUGAGGACAUGUACUGAUCCAGGACCAGGACUGAACCAGGACCAGGACUGAUCCAGGACCAGGACAUGUACUGAUCCAGGACCAGGACUGAACCAGGACCAGGACUGAUCCAGGACCAGGACUGAUCCAGGGCUGAGGAGGACCAUGUACUGACCCGGGACAGGACUCAGGGACCCAGCAGUGACUGGUGGUCCUGACUGACGGCUGCAGCAGGAACCUGAUCAGGGAUCAGACGGGCCCAUCAGGAUCAUCCAGAGAAACCUGCUGCCGUCCUGAUCAGUCCUGAUCAGUCCUGGAUCUGGAUCAGUCCUGAUCAGUCCUGGAUCAGUCCUGGACUCUAACAGGAGACUCUGAAGACCUGCUGCAGACUGAAGAAACCAGCUCAGAGUCCCGUCUUGUGGUCCAGUUUUAACCCGUUAAAGGAGGAAAUCAUUUCCACAUUUCUACCAUUAAACCUGUUGGGAGCUGUUGUGUUAUUCUACCAUUAAAGGUGGAAAGAGGAUACGUGGUUUUGUAGUAUUUGUAGUUUUUUCCACCUAUUUUUAGCACCUAUGUUUAUAUGUCUGGUGCAACUAAAUUUGUUUGGACAAAUAUAAUGAUAACAACAAAAAUAUCUGAUAAGAGUUUAAUUUAAGAGCUGAUAUCUAGACAUUUAACAUGGUUUUAUUGAUAAUAACCAACAUCAUUAUUAAAUCAUUAUCAAGAUUAUCAUUAUUUUUGGUCAUUUUGUGUCUUUUCCGAUCAUUUUACGUCUAUUUUUGGUCAAUUUGUUUCUAGUUUGAUAAUUUUGUGUCAUUUUUUAGUAAUUUUUACAUAUAUUUUUGGUCCUUUUGUCUUUUUUGGUCAUUUUGUAUCAUUUUUACAUCUAUUUUUGGUCCAUUUGUUUUCUUUUUUGGUCAUUUUUAUGUCUUUUAGGUCAAUUUGUGUCUUUAUUGGUAAUUUUUAUGUCUAUUUUUGGUAAUUUUGUAUCGUUUUUAGUCAUUUUUGCAUCUAUUUUUGAUCAUUUUGUGUCUUUUUUUAGUAUUUUUUACAUCUACAGUCAUGGAAACAUUCUUGAUAAUAACCAUAAUCACGAUCAAUAAAACCAUGUUAAAUGUCUAGAUAUCAGCUCUUAAAUUAAACUCUUAUCAGAUAUUUUUGUUGUUAUCAUUAUAUUUGUCCAAACAAAUGAACCUUUAGUUGAACCAGACAUUAAAAUGAACCAGAAACUGAAGAAAACAAGGAGGUCUGAUCAUUAUUUUCCAUGAUGUUUCCUGAUGAUUCUCUGUGUAUCAGCUGUAAAUAUUUAGUAGAUAUGAAGGAAAACAAAGUAAAAUCUUCUGAAAACAUUCAUGUAAACAGAAGAGUUCCAUAUUUCACGUGUUUAAUCAUGUGUUGAUACUUUAAUAACAAUCAGCAGAUAUUAAUGUUAGUGUUGUUGUUUAGAUGAUUGAAUCACUGAUGUUUUCUAGUUUUGGUGUUUUAAUGAACUGUGAAUAUUGAAUGUUAAUAAUGUAGCUGUGACUUUUCAGUUUUUGUGUAUUUGAAAUGUGACAUGUUGUUUAUUUUGUCCUCGUGGGUCCAGCCAGUGUCCCGUCCUGUUUAUAUUUUAUCUCAUUUUAUCGUUUUACAGGUUUUUCUUUUGUUUGCCAUUAAAAGCUGAAUUACUUUUAUUACAAAUAUUAACCAUGAAAUAAAAGUUGAAAUCUGUAAAGUGAUAAAUUGGGACAUUAUAUAAAUAUUCAGUGUUAUUGAAUUGCGUAAUGUUCUUAAAUGUUAAACAGUGAAUUCUAUAUAAAAAUAAAAAUAAAUACACAUCAUACUGCUGAAUGUAAAAUUAGUGAAACUUUGUU